ACGUGCAAAUUAAAAUUGAUGCAAUAGGACUGCAAAUUGCGCAAAAACUCUUCUAGGCCUUACUUGGCUAAAGAGCAAAGCUUCUCUGUCCUACGGACUGCAGCAGCGAGAUGAGAAGUGUCAACGCUCUCAGAAGCUCCAAGGUUUAUUCACUCUCACUCCGCCAUUUCUCUACACUUACUAUCUCCAAAUCCAAAAAAUCUGCCCCUUCUCCUCCUCCCACACUUCCCAUCACUGCGGAUACGCUACGAGAUUCAAUCACUUCUUCUCAGUGGCAAUUCAUCAAACACAUUUCAGGCGAACUAAAACCCACCUUAAUUUCAAACGCCCUUCCUAACCUUCGUUCAUCUCCGGACCGUGUACUCACUUUCAUCGAAAAUAUCAGCCCCAAUUGCUUAGACAUUACCUGUUAUAGCCUCGCUAUUUCCAUACUCUCUCGUCUCCCCUCGCCUAAACAAGCCACACACCUUCUCAAGCGAGUGAUCAGUGCACGCGUCGCAACGCAUAAGGAGUUUUUUGAUGGACUUGUGAGUGCUCGGGAGAAGCUGGAAAUAAAGAGCUCAAUUGUGUUGGAUUUGCUUGUAAGGGCGUAUUGUGAAUUGAAGAAAGGCGAGGAGGCGUUAAAGUGCUUUUAUUUAAUGAAACAGAAGGGAAUUUUGCCCAAGAUUGAAACUUGUAAUGAUUUAUUGAGUCUUUUUAAUAAAUUGAAUAUGACCCAUUUAUCCUGGAUUGUGUAUGCUGAAAUGUUUAGGAUGAAGAUUAGUUCGACUGUAUGUACGUUUAAUAUAAUAAUCAAUGUUCUAUGUAAAGAAGGCAAGUUGAAGAAGGCAAAGGAGUUCAUUGAAAACAUGCAGUGUUUAGGGGUUAAGCCGAAUUUAAUAUCGUAUAAUACUGUGAUUCAUGGUUAUUGUUCGAAGGGGGAUGUUGAAGGAGCAAAUAAGUUUUUCGAGACGAUGACAGUAAAAGGAAUUGAGCCUGAUUCGUAUACGUUUAAUUCUCUAAUCAGUGGGAUGGUGAAGGAAGGGAGGGAAAAGGAGAUGUCUUCAUUGUUAGAGAAAAUGAAGUCGUUCGGGUUGACCCCUACAGCUGUGACUUACAAUACUCUGAUAGAUUCAUGCUGCAAUAAAGGGGACUUUGAAAAGGCAUUCUUUUAUAGGGAUGAGAUGGUUAAGAUUGGGGUUGUGCCGAGUGUUACUACCUAUAACUUGUUGAUCCAUGCAUUGUUUCUUGAUGGCAGAAUGGCGGAAACUGAUGAUUUGGUGAAAGAGAUGGCAGAGAAGAGAGUACUCCAUGAUGGUAUUACGUAUAACAUAUUGAUCAAUGGCUAUUGCAGGGCGGGGAAUGCAAAGAAGGCAUUUAAGUUCUAUGAUGAAAUGUUGAGUAGGGGUCUUCAACCAACGAUUGUCACUUAUACAUCACUUAUCAAAGUCUUGGGCAAAAGGAAUCGGAUGAAAGAAGCAGAUGAUUUGGUUGUUGAAAUAUUGCGGAAAGGGAUAUUCCCAGAUCUAAUUAUGUUCAAUGCAUUGAUUGAUGGCCAUUGUGCCAGUGGUAACGUUGUGCGUGCUUUUGAUAUACUGAAGGAGAUGAAUAAAAUGAACAUUCAGCCUGAUGAAGUUACCUACAAUUGUCUGAUGCAAGGGUAUUGUAAAGAGAGUAAAGUUGAAGAAGCUUGUGCUCUUCUCGAGGAGAUGAAGGGAAGAGGAAUUAAACCUGAUCAUAUCAGCUAUAACACUCUAAUCAGUGGGUAUAGUAAGAGAGGUGACAUGGAUGAUGCAUUCAAAGUUCGUGAUGCCAUGUUAAGUGCAGGUUUUAACCCUACUCUUCUCACUUACAAUGCUCUCAUACAAGGUUUAUGCAAAAAACAGGAAGGUGUACUUGCUGAGGAACUUCUCAAAGAAAUGGUUAGUAAAGGCAUUACCCCUGAUGAUAGCACUUAUCUUGCUCUGAUUGAAGGGAUUGGUGACGUUGAUAGUUUCUUGGGGAGAAAAGAUCCAUCAUAAGGUAACUUGUCAGGUUCCUGUUUGCAGCUGACAACUCCUUGGCGAUUCUUCGGAUAAAACUGACUUGAUUGAUUUGGAGUACUUGCUGGAACUGAAACGUCCACACAGUUCAUCCUUCCCUAGUUGCUUGCAUUUUCACAUUUUUCUCAUCAGAUUGACAUGACAGUCCAACUACAUAGCCAGACAUGCUCUGCUUCAUCGCCCCUUAGUGUUUGGCCAGAAAGGGACCAUCUCGGUGUACCCAUGUGUAUUUUGCAAAUAUUUUACUCGUGGAUAUAGCCCACAGGCCAGAGCUACUUCUCUGUAUUGAUGAUGGAACGCCAUUUCAUCGUCCUCCUGAAGAAAAACUGAGUGUUGGGGGAAAACCAUGAAGCUUUCCUUAUUACAGAAAAGGGAAAAAGCUUCCAGAAUAAAUGGUCCAGACCUGUCAAAUGAAGAGGACAGGAAAUGUGAUAAUUAUUUUGUUUUAAGAUCAGCAGCUGAGUUUCUGGAGCUGUGAAAAUAUUUAUAUCAGGAUUUCUUGAAGCAAUAAUUUUUAUCUCAAAUUUGUUUGCCAAUGAGUUAAAUGUACUUGAAUGGACUUUAGACUAGGUUUUCACUCUGUGUGAGUGCUGUUUCUAUAACAUAUUCACAGAUGUUGAAGAGCAGUGGAGGUAUGUAUAGUAAACGAGGUUAGAGAAUGGGCUCUGCUAGUUGCAUGCACUGUAAGUUUCAAGCUGAUAUUGGCUUGUAAAGUAUUGUACAUCAGUAGCUAUCUUACAUUGGCCAAUUGAUUCACAAUUUUCAGAGCUAGCUGAUAUUA